UAAAAAGGGUUUUGUGGUAAUUAAUCAGAAAGGGAUUGACCCGUUGUCGCUGGACAUCCUUUGUAAGAACGGAAUCUUUGCGCUGAGACGUGCAAAAAGAAGAAAUAUGGAGAGACUUCAACUUGUGUGCGGUGGCAUCGCGCAAAAUUCGGUAGAUGAUUUAACGCCUGAGGUGCUUGGACAUGCUGGACUUAUAUAUGAGCAUACACUGGGUGAGGAGAAGUACACGUUCGUGGAGGAGGUUAAGGAUCCCAAAUCCGUUACAAUUUUGAUAAAAGGUUUACCUAUUCCCUUUCUCGAAUUUCUGUUAAGGUCACCAUUACCAUUUCGGUCAAUCCGGGACGGACUAAGGAAUGUUAAGAAUGCAAUCGAAGAUAACUGCGUAGUACCGGGGGCCGGUGCAUUCCAAGUCGCACUCAGUUCACACCUGAAUAAAUACAAAGAUUCAGUUAAGGGACGUGCAAAAAUGGGAGUACAAGCGUUUGCGGAUGCAAUGCUGGUUAUACCGAAAGUCUUGGCGACAAAUGGUGGAUUUGACCCUCAGGACACUAUUGUUGCUCUGCAGGAGGAAUAUGCCGAAGGACAUAUAGUCGGAGUUGACUUGAAUACCGGAGAAACCUUGGAUCCUGUUCAAGAAGGAAUCUGGGAUAAUUAUCGCGUCAUACGUAACAUGUUACAUUCAUGGUAUGAUUUUAAUGUGGUUCAUUUUAUGUCGUUCGCUUUAAACGGACACUGA